CUCACCCUCAGACCAACCCUUUCUUUUGCAAAUUGAGUUGGUCAAAGUUUACUUUUGUCAUCAUUUCUCUUGUUAUAAUUCUUAUUCAUUUUCCCAGCCCCGUCCACACUUCUAUUUUUCACCACCCCACACCCCCAAGUUGCCACCGGGUCAGGUGGGGACAUAUCGGGAGAGAAAUAGAUGGUGAUGCAUUUGAAAGUGAGUUCUCUUUUGAGAGAAAAACAAUGGGUAGUUUUGGAUGUGUCUUUCUUAAAAACGGAAGGAGCAAGUGAAGAAAAAAAUUAUCAACAGCAAUCGGCCCCUUUGGUUUGGGUUUUGACUUUUUAAAGAGGAACCUCUGCUGUCCUGUUGCAAUAUUAAAAUCAGGGCAGGAAUUUUGCAAAACGAGAAAAAUAAACUUUGGGAGAAAACCCAGCUGGGAGCAGGUUCGGGAAAGCGACAGUUCUCCGAAAGGAGGAAGGGAGGAUGCGCGCUGUAGCCGGCUCCGGAGUUUACUGCCCAAACGAUUAGGCAAAAGAACCAGGAUUCUCAAACCUAGUUGCGAUCUCUCGUCUCUCCUUUAUUCUGUUCGUGGUGCGGGCUCCGGAGCGUCUGGGAGAGCCAGUCUGUGAAGCUGGACUUGUAGAAACCUUUGAAUGCCGGUCCAGGUGGCUGCAAGGCCCGCGGUCCGGGAUGCCAGAGAAAGGAAUCACAUGGAAAAGUCGCUACGCUCGGAGUUUCGCCUUUCCCUUGCAGCCCCGGCGGGGCCUAGGCCUCGGCUUCCGGCCCGCCUCGGCUCAGAGGUCAAAUAGGAACUCAUCUCAUCGAACUAGGGUUUGGGAGAAGGAUUUCAAGUUGCGUUCUUGGCAUCUGGGAGAAAACGCUGCACCGAACGAGCCUCGGAUUUGGGAAAAUAUCGUUAUUAACAACUUGGGAAACGAAAGCGAAGCCCGGGGCAGCCACUGCAGCCUGGCCGAGAGAAAGGACGCGGGUUGUGCUCUCUGGAAGCAAAGGGGUCUGCAGCCCAGCUGGCCUGGGAGCUCGUGGCCAGCGCUGGAAGCUGCCCGCUCUCCCCACGGGCCUGACCUUGGCUCCCGCAGCAGCUCUGCCGGCCGACUGCCUCCCUGCACAUUUUGCUGCCGUUCCAGUCCCGAGCGGAACGGGCCUGGAGCCAGGCCAUGCUUUGGAAAGCCCUGGGGGUUAGGGACGCGCAAAAACCAGGAUCGAACCCCGAAGCUGGGGGCAAGCCCAGAUUCAGACGUCCGGCUCCCUCAGGACCCCUUGACGGGGAACUUACCCUUCCGGAAGGCCCGACGCUCUCCGGCUCUGUGCUGGGCAGGCCUAGCUCUUCUCUCAGCGCCACCAGGGGCGUCUACGCGGUACGUUCUGCAACUGAAUCUAGUGGGUUUCCAGCGGUGCGCAGAAGUUUGCGCGCAUCCACCGCUGGACUACAUAGAAAUUAUGCUCAUUGAUCGGACUAAAAAUAAUAGUCGUCGUGAUUACAAAACAAAAUAGAGUGCCUCGUGCCUCGGCGGGCCCUGGUGCUAUAAUUAUUCUCUACAGAAAUGACCUCUCUCCACUCCCACCCCUACUCCACCACCCACUCGCACCCCGCCCCUGCCGGGCCACUGUGGGACGAAUUGCAUUCUUGGACCUUUCUCUCAGCAAGACACAUUUACGGAGAACUCCCUCUGUCUCGUGUCCCCUCCACGACAACCCAGUAAUUAUUUCUAUGCAAGUCUGCAGGAGGGCACUCAGUUAUCGCAUCCCAAGCCUAACCAGCUAGAGCGGCGCCUCGAUAUUCAUUUGCCAAGAGCUCCUCCGCGGGUUUUUUUUUUUUUUUUUUUUUUUUUAAAUAAUAAGGAUCCCAUGCCUUAUGCAAGAGAUCUCAGUCUCCCGGAACAACUCGAUUUCCUUCCAAUAGAGGUCUGAGGUGGACUCCCACCUCCCUUCGUGAAGAGUUCCCUCCUCUCCCCCUUCCUAAGAAAGUCGAUCUUGGCUCUGUUUGUGUCUUAGGUUCAUCACCCUCAUUUCUCCGGAGAAAGCCGGGUUGGUUUAUGUCUUUAUUUAUUCCCGGGGCCAAGACGUCCGGGACUUGUGGCUGCGCAGACCCGGCACUGAUAUGCGAAGACGGAGAGAAAUUAACCUCCCGCCGCUGCCCCCCAGCCAAGCGUGACAGAGCGCGGGCCGGUUGCGUGACUCGUGACGUCUCCAAGUCCUAUAGGUGCAGCGGCUGGUGAGAUAGUCGCUAUCGCCUGGUUGCCUCUUUAUUUUAUUGGGGUAUGCCUGGUAAUAAACAGUAAUAUUUAAUUUGUCGGAGACCACAAAACCAACUUUGAGCUGGGAGGUACGUGCUCUUCUUGACAGACGUUGGAAGAAGACCUGGCCUAAAGAGGUCUCUUUUGGGGGGUCCUUUUCGAAGUCUUCACCUGAGCCCUCCUCUCCAGCGAGGCGCACUCCUGGCUUUUGCGCUACGAAGAAGAGGUGGGAUAGUUGGAGGUGAGUUUCGCCCUGGAGGACUAAGGGGGGAAAUAGGUUUCUCUUUGCACUUGGCCCUCCUUGGCUUUUCACCCCGUCUUGAUCUAGCUGAACCUUCCCUCGCUGUGCUGCUACUUUUCAUGAACAAAAUAAGAAUGGCUUCGUGUGUCACCUGGCAAGAAUGGAUUCUCUCGAAAGGUUUGAAAAUCCCUAUUUUGCUUGGUGGCCCAGACCAUCUGUGCUCAAUGAACUAAGCAAAUCUGGCUAGGCUAUUACCUGGGAGAGUCCAGAUUUUUCCUCUCUGGAGGGGCCUGAAGAUUAUUUAUGGGAAUCAAUUUUAUCCCCAAAUCUCUGAGAACUUAAAGGGAUUGGGGAGGUCUUUCUGGAUUUCCCUUUCCCUCUACCGGAGAUGUAGCGGUUCAGCCUCCUUCCGAUACCAUGUUUGUUUUUUGUGUCUUCGACCUAGCGUCGCCUUAUUAGCAAGCCCAAAGGCCUCCAAGCUGACUUGGAGGGUGAGGGUGUUUUCACAAAUAAAUAAAACGCCUGGGCAAAGAUCUGUUCGCAAACAAACCUGGAAGGUGGAGUGAGCACCAUAGCAAAGGAGGGUUGGUUUUCUCCCUGGUUGCCCCACAUUUAGGGUUGGAGAUUCUCCACUUUGGCAUUUUGCAGCAGUGGCCUGGCCUGGGAUUUUAGCAGAGCAGCCACAGAGGGUUACACAACUGCUGAUCUCGGGCAUUUCUCCUCCCUCCAUCCCUUUCUCCAGACCUUGACUUGCAGGCCCAAGUCUCUUAUCAGAACCCUAGAAAAAUCAGGACGAUGGGGGUACAGGAGGUAAGGAUGGGAAACAGAGCAGGACUCCUGACAUUUACUCCAAGCACCCAUAUUCGGUGUCCCAAUCUGGGUCUGCUCAGACUGAGACCUACUGACUGUGUUUAUGCUUUUAUUGACCUCUUCAACUCACCCUAAAAAAAAAAAAAA